AAGAAACGAAACCUAGUGUAACAUCCCUUUCCUCUCCUCUCCUGCCUCCUGUAGUCUCCGCGGUGGAAGUCAGUCGCACUUCAGAUUCUGCAUCCGAGCAGCUGCUUUUUUAAUUCCUUUUCUUAACUCCGUUUCUUCCCAGGAUUCCAGCAGUCGUCCUCAUGAACACCCUGAACCAACAGUACGAGGAGAAGGUGCGUCCCUGCAUCGACCUCAUUGACUCUCUUCGCUCUCUGGGGGUAGAGAAGGACUUGGCGCUGCCUGCUAUCGCCGUGAUAGGAGACCAAAGCUCGGGGAAGAGCUCCGUGUUGGAGGCGCUGUCAGGCGUGGCUCUGCCAAGAGGCAGUGGCAUUGUGACAAGAUGUCCUCUCGAACUGAAGAUGAAGAGAAGGAGAGAAGGAGAGAAGUGGUACGGGAAGAUAAGCUACCAGGACCAUGAAGAAGAGAUAGAAGACCCUGCCGAUGUGGAUAGGAUGAUUAGAGAAGCUCAGAAUAAAAUGGCCGGGGUCGGGGAGGGGAUCAGUAAUGACCUCAUCAGUCUAGAGAUCGCCUCUCCUAAUGUUCCAGACCUGACGCUCAUUGACCUGCCCGGCAUCACCAGGGUGGCUGUAAAGGGACAACCGGAGAACAUUGGAGAGCAGAUUAAGGCACUGAUCCAGGAGAUUAUCACAAAACAAGAGACCAUCAGCUUGGUGGUUGUUCCAUCCAACGUGGACAUAGCAACCACAGAGGCUCUGAAGAUGGCGCAGGAGGUGGAUCCUGAUGGAGACCGGACUUUGGGCGUCUUGACCAAGCCUGACCUGGUGGACAAAGGCACGGAAGAGUCGGUGGUUGAAAUUGUCCGUAAUUUGGUCAUCCACCUGAAGAAGGGCUACAUGAUCGUCAGGUGCAGGGGUCAGAAGGAGAUCACAGAGAGGGUGUCUCUUACGGAAGCAACAAGAAGAGAAAAAGCCUUCUUCAACGAUCAUGUGCAUUUCAAGAUUCUCUACAAGGAAAACCAUGCUACUGUUCCUAAACUGGCGGAAAAACUCACCCUUGAGUUGGUGCUUCAUAUCAAGAGGUCUCUGCCUCGACUGGAAGACCAGAUAGAGAAGAAACUAAGAGAGACUCAGGCAAAGCUGGACAGCUGUGGCAGUGGACCGCCAGCUGAUGCAGGGGAGAGACUGGGUUUCCUCAUUGAUACAGUGGCAGCCUUUACAAAGGAUGCUAUCGGCCUCACCACAGGGGAAGAAAUCAAAUUUGGAGACAGGCUCAAUAUCUUUGCCAUACUAAGAGAACAGUUUGCGGCUUGGAAAAAUAUCAUAGAGCACUUUGGAAUAGUAUUCAACCAGAAUAUUGAGAGAGAGGUGACUCAGUAUGAACGAAGGUACCGUGGAAGAGAACUGCCGGGGUUCAUAAACUACAAGACCUUUGAGGACAUGGUCAAGGAGCAGAUCAAACAGCUGGAAGGGCCUGCUGUCCUGAAACUCAAGGAAGUGGCAGACAUUGUGACAAAAGAGCUGUUUAAGUUGGCUCAGAGCAGCCUUGUUGGAUUUCCCAACCUCAUCAAAACAGCUCAGAUCAAGAUUGAAGCCAUCAGAAAGGAGAAGGAGAUUGCAGCAGAGUCCAUGCUGAGGACUCAGUUUAAGAUGGAAUUGCUUGUUUACACUCAGGACAGCACAUACAGCAAGAAGUUAGGGAAGCGGAAGAGGGAAGACGAGCAGUUUUUGGCUUCUCAUCCAUUAAAGACAGUCACUUGGAGCAAUGACAGUGGGGCCACCCUGAGAGAGAUGAUUAAACACCUGAAGUCCUAUUACAAAAUUGCUGGCCAGCGUCUGGCUGACCAGGUCCCGCUGGUAAUCCGCUACCAGGUGCUUCAGGAGUCUGUCAUCCAGCUGCAGAGGGAGAUGCUGCAGAUGUUUCAAGACAAGAAGAUAACAGAGUAUCUCCUUCAAGAGGACCCUGCCAUAAAACCUGAGAGAAUCCACCAUCAGAAUCGCCUCAAGAGGUUGUCAAUGGCACGCAAUCUGUUGACUGAGUUCAGUAUGAACACAUACAACUUCAACCAAGUCCAUAGGUUAGAUCCCAACAUUGGAAAGGACACAGCAGCCCACUCCCUACCCCCCCCACACAGUCCUGUGUGUAAAACUGCAAAAAACAAGAGGGCUGUUUAACUGCGACAGCCACAUGGUUUAUGAUAUACUACCUUGGAUCUGUAUUAACAUUUAAAUAAAGUAUACACAGUCACAGAUCAAACACUAAAUUUAAAUGUAAGUAAUAUAUUUCUAAUUUAAAUUUAAGUAAUAUAUUUAAGUAAUAUAUUUCUAACAGAAAGGAGAAAAUAAACAUAGAACAAUAGUUCAGUUGUUUGCCUCCAACAUCAACAUUCAGGAGGUUAAACCAGAUUCAGUUUAUGAACUUAUUACCUUUUCUAUUCUGUAGUAUUCCUUCUUUUCUUUGGCAGCAAGAGGUCCUCAAACGCCUCAUGAAGGCCUGCACAUCCCUGGUAGACUUAGGCCUGACAGCAUUAUUUAGUUUUUCAGCUUGGCACACAUUCGUGGUGGUGAGUGGGUUUAUUAUCUUCACAUUGUUUUUUUUAAGUUUAGAAUCAAUAUGUAACAUUUAUGUAAUUUAACCAGAAUAUGUGAACAUGUCAUUGAAACA